AUGCCUGCGCUCGCUGUCCCGACACUUGCGCUCGCCACUGCGUGUCGUUGCGCCGCCACCCCCGGGCCGCUGCUGCCGCCGCCUCCUCCACUCGACGCCUGUCGCUGCUGCCGCGCCGCCUCCCCUCGCCGGCUGCCGUCCCGCUGUCGCGUCCACUCGCCGCCCACAACGACACGCGGCAGAGGAAGCCUUUGUACGAUGCGCUCGCUUUCGCGCAUUCUCCUCCGCCGCCGCCUCUUCCUCCCGGCACCUGUUCUCACAGUGAAUAAUGGCGGCCCGCCCGCCCCCGGCCCUGACAUCCACCAACAACUGCAACAACAACAGCACCACCGACAGCAGCAGCAACAGCAGCACAUACCCUCGCACACCACACACGCGAACCAUUCCUUGCUGUACGACCACCUCUCGCAUCAGACCCUCAACCCCCUCGAGCGGUUACUGCUGUUCUCAUUGGCACAUGAGUGCGCGGGGAGUGUGAGGCGGAAGACGGUGGAUAUGAUAUGUGAUGUUGCGAAUCAGGGGAUGGCGAGGGGUAGACCGUGGCAUGCGUUGCAGGCGCAGGCGUUUAGUAUGACACAUGCACAGGGGCUUGGAGGUGAGGAGGGUUCAGGCAGUGUGGGUGGUGGUGCGGUGCCCGGGUGGAUGUUGAGGGAGAGCGCGUAUAGAGUUUUUGCGGGAUGUCCGAACCUUGUGAUGGACCUCCAGAUCAAUGCCAUGCUCGGUGUGUUUCAGUGCGGCUUGCAGGAUCCAGAGAAUAUCGAGGUGUGUCUGCUUUACUUUAUAAUUUCGGUAGGAAGGUGCUGA